AUGGGAACAUUUUUUAGGAGGAAAGACGAGGAGAGAAUUACCAGAAGGAAGAAGUGGAACCACACCAAAGUCAAAGAAUGGGUGGGGGGAUCCCGAAGUAGCAGACUGAGGGAAGAGGAGGUGGAGAAAGGCGGGGAGGAGGAGGAGGAGCCCAGCGAGCCAGAGUCAGAGAGACUGGUGGCUCCAGCGAGUGUGCAGCCCUGGGGGGAGUCGGCGCUCCAGGCUGGGAACCCGCCCGCUCGCCAGCCCGCGCCCAGGGGCCUGCUUCACCCGGAGCUGAGGCCGCCGCGCAGGGGCGCUCGGGUCAGGGUCGCCGUUCGGGGCGAGCCGGCCGCGCCGCCAGACUGGUCCCCCGCGCCCACGCCCGGGAUGCCGUUCUACAGGCGCACGGUGGUGCCCCAGCGCCUGUGUCCGCGAAACCCGCCACAGCCGCUGACCGAGCUCCGCGACGUGAGCCACCUGGCCGCGCUCAGCGUGCUCCGGCAGCUCGCCGACCUCUGCGGCCACUCGUUGGCUCUGCUCGAGGACCUCGAGGGGCACCUGCUGGCCCUGGGGCGCCGCACCGACAGUCUGUUCCGGCGCACCGUGCGCCUCCGCCGCCGCCUUCCCUACCGCCUGCUCGGCCGGGAGGACCACGAGGAAGAGUUAGUCCCACCUACCGUGACAGCCAGCCAGCCAUCCUGGAGAGGAAGAGACUCAGGGAUUGGAGAAGAAGAGAAAAGGUAGGAAGUGGCAGAUUUCUUUGAACACAUUAUCUGGUUAAAAGAGUAGACAAAUCUCUUCUUCCUUCCAUGCAAAAAGCCUAUUUGUGUUUGUCAAUCAAGUAGUUCUGUGCCUUUCUUGAAACCCGCUUGA